AUGAUUGCAAUCACUCCGAAUACGCUCAGCCGGAUCCGAUCGUGCUGGCGAACGCCCCGGCCCCGGCCAUGGCGGCCGCCGAUCGCCUUGACCCGCGGCGCGAAGAUGUGGGUGGCGGUGGCUGAGAAGAUCAAGAGCGAGCAGGCCAACGUCGCGCCCCUGCUGGACAGUCUGCGGCUGGUUAAAGCCGUCAAGAUCGACCAGCCUGACCUGCCCAUCGAGCUGACGAUCGAGCCGCUGAUGAAGAAAACGGUGAACGCGAACGUGCUGAAAGGCCGCUACGUCUUGACCCAUCCGGUGCCCUCUUCGUCGUCGGGCCCCAAUAGCCAGCCCGGGAAGGAUGUGAUCGCUGUCAUCUUAGACGACCAAUCUGCGGAGGACGUUCGGCUGGCCAAAGAGCUGGGUGUGGACCAUUUCGGCGGGCAGGAUUUGCUCGACAGAAUCCUGGCCGAAGAAAUCAAACCCACCAAGCUGCUGGUCCACUCCAAAACCCCCAAGAUCCAGAACAUCUUCGCCCACUCGGACAACAAGAAGAGCUUGUUCAAAACCCUCGCGCGGCUGAACCUGAUCAUUCCGUCCGAAAAGCGCGGGACGAUGUCAGACAACUUGAGCGAAUUGAUACUGAACUCCAAGAACUCUAUCGACUGGCUCGUCAAGAAAAAACCCUCCGCCGACAAGCCCGUCCAGCCCUCAGACCCCCCCUCCUCCUCAGCCCAAGCUCCCAAGCCAAACAACGCCAAAAGUUCAAAACAUCCGAUCGAUUCCUUUAUCUCCAUACCCGUCGGUUCGGUCCAGAUGAAUCUCGUCCACUUGGAACAAAACAUUUCAGACUUCCUCUCCAUGGUCUCUAACCUCACUCAAUUCGGCACUGCGUCCACCACCUCAUCCUCCAAACCUGCAUCAACCCCCAACGUGAAUAGCCAACCUAGAGUAAAAUCCAACUUCAAAUCCGGCCGACCUAUAAAAAAACCUGGUAUCCACAAAGCCACGUUAACCGUCGCAGGCAUCCCCCCCAUCACGGUCAUCUAA